AACUUCCCCAUCUCCUUCCUCACCGAUCGCCCCUUUCUUAUCCACCGGCGGCUAUCGGUUCUCAGAAUCGAUUCAGCAGAGGAGGCCUCAGUCGUUUCGGGCGCCUCGUCCCAAGGCUUCUCCUUUCAUCUUCCGAUAUGAUGCGAUAAAGGUGCCAAUUUGGAGCUCCUCUGUUUUAGAUUUAGCCACUGGAUUACUUCUCGGCGAGCUGGCUGUUGAGAACCACCAAAAGAUUGGGUUUUUGAGGACCAAAUAGAAGAAAAUUAUGGUGAGCCCGAUGUUUCGAUUGGGGAACGAGGACAUGGGUCCGCCAUGGCUGAGGCCGCUGUUGAAGACGAGCUUCUUCACGCACUGUGAGGUGCAUGGGGAUUCCAACAAGAGCGAGUGCAACAUGUACUGCCUCGAUUGCAUGGGCAACGCGCUCUGUUCUUACUGCCUCCCCGACCACAAGGAUCACCAUGUUGUCCAGAUUCGGAGAUCAUCGUAUCACAAUGUGAUCAGGGUGUCGGAGGUGUCGAAAUUUAUAGACAUUUCUUACAUCCAGACUUACAUCAUCAACAGCGCCAAAAUCGUCUUCCUCAACGAGAGGCCACAGCCGAGGCCUGGAAAGGGCGUCACCAACACCUGUGAGAUCUGCUGCCGCAGCCUCUUGGAUUCCUUCCGGUUCUGUUCCAUUGGCUGCAAGCUGGGAGGUAUGAAGACGGACCCGGACCUGACCUUCGCCCUCCGCCCCAAACCCGGCCGCGAGUGGAUGCAUGGCUCAGAAUCCGACGAGUCAUCCACCCCGAGGAAGGUGCGAAAGACCUUGGCCUUCGGCCGCAGCAUCGUAGUCCCCGCCGCCUCUGCCGCCGGCAGCGAAGGUGGCAGCAUUUCUCCAGGGACUCCUCCCAUCCUCAGCUACCGGACAUCGCGGCGGAAGGGUAUACCUCAUCGAGCUCCAUUCUAAGUGAACUGCAGUAAUCGAAGGUUAAACUUCUACUUUCUGUACAAAAAGUGUAGAUAGUGUAUGCCCACUGCAUGAGCUUAAAGACAAUGCAGAAAGCGUAGAUACAAUUAGCAAUAAGAGUAAAGAAAAAGAAGUUCUAUUGUGCAUAUUCUUUUAGGGUUUUCUUCUUCAUAAUGUUCAUAGUAGAAGAACUGUUAGUAGGGAGUGGUUUUCAUGCAUGUUUUGUGAACAUAUAUGCAGUAGACAAAUCUUAUCCUUCGGUGCU